CUCUCUCUCUCUCUCCCCCUCCCUCCUAUAGGUCUAACUCUACCUGCCUCCCCUCUGUCUCUCCCUCUCUAUCUGUCUCGGAGCACUGAUAAACUGUUUUUGUAGCUGCAUCACCUCCUAGGCAGCUGAACCUCUCUCUUUCUAUCCCCUUCACUUCGGUCACCCCUGACUUUGAUGCCAACAUGUAUCGGAACCCAUGGAUCUCGAAUUACCUGACUCAUGUCAAGUUUUGCAGCCAAGGACUUGGGAGUGAGAUCCCCAAUAAACUGAGCAACCCCAGAUUGCUGCAGAAGAGAGCUUUGAGCUUUCAGAAAGAAUUCUCCCUUGAUGAAAAAGAGGACCCGGCAAAAAGUACCAAGGAUAUAGAUGUUAGUCUCUUGGCCAAUCUCCCAAGAGUUUCUGAAUUGAGAAAACGAUUCGAAGGCAUCACAACAAGCACUAGUGACUGGGAAAUGAACAGAAAGGAGCGUAUCGCUCGGCGGUUGGAGGGCAUCGAUGGUGAGGUGCAUCCGUCUCUGCUGCCGAGUUUGGUGGCCAACCGGCUUCUGGAGGAGGACACACCCCGAUACACGAGGGCCUCGGAUCCCUGUGAGCCCUUUGGUGUUACAGUCCAGCGGUAUGGCAUGGAUGGAUUUGAAUGCCCAGAGAUGCAGGUGGCGGCUCCAGAGCGACAGGCCAGAGCUCUCUGCAGACCUGACCCUCAGUCCUCCGUCCCCAUGGAGCCCGCCUGCACUUCGGCUUCCACCACCGGCGGCCCUAAGCCUGAGUCAAAGGCUGAACGAAUCGCCCGCUACAAGGCAGAGAGGCGCAGACAGCUGGCAGAGCGCUAUGGCAUCUCUUUAGAUCAGGAGCCGGACUUGGGACAACCCCCGCGCUCCACUCGUACCCGGAAGGAAUUGGAAGGCUCAGAGAGGCGAAUCCGAGGGGAGUCGGUGGGGAAAGACGGGCAGGACAUCGCCCAUCGUUCUUACACCGGCAGCUUGGGCGCCAACUCUCGGGCCCCACUGCACGGCCACUCGGACCCAGGUCAAGGGAUGGGUCGGACCAGGGCGGACUCCUUUACAGAGAGGGAGAGGCUGAUGAAUCUAGAGAAUCAACGCAGAGCUGCUCCGCCCGAGCCUCCGUCCUCUUACAUGGACGGGACAUCGUUGUCCUCGCCCGCCAGGGUUCCUGCCAAGGACUACUCCGUCACAGUGAUGCAACCUAGUUCACCCAAGCUAAGCAGGCACCUCUCCCUGUCCUCACCUAAGCACGGGGCGUCUCCUGGUGACCUGUUCAUCGAGCAGCAGGCCCACAACAUCCUCAGCAGACAGGGUGCAAGGGCGAGCACUGAUUGGUCCCUCCAGACUGAUGCUGAGGGCGACACCCAUUCCCUCAUCAACUGGCCCUCGAGAAUCCGAGUUAGGGAGAGACUUGCCAGGGAGGAGGGCCGCCAGCAGAGCCCAGAGCCGGCAGAGGUUACAGAUGUGCCAAUCUACCACAGACCCCGGACCCAGACCUCUACACACCAACACACAGCUCCACCAGGGCCCCAGCAGGUCUACCCCUAUCACCCCCAGCCUCAUCUCACUCAACUUGGGCCCUUGGGAGGUCAAGAUGUUGCCAGUUACCCAAGUUAUCUGACGAUGGCUUCCGGUCCUGGACUGCAAGAGCCGCUGGAAGACGAUACUGAGGAAUCUGAGGUUUUCAAGACAGCGGGCCUCCUCAGGAGCAGGAAAGCAGUGCUGCCCUCAGAGAUACGCCGCAGGGAGAGGAGCACUGAGGACCCACUGAGAGGAAGGGGGGAAGAGGAGCAAGGGAUGACCACGGCGAAUGAGGUAGAGGGACCGGCGAGAGGACGACGACAAAGCAGAGAAAGAUGGGACGAAACGGAGCCGACCUUCCGUCUUCAAGCCUCAGGGAGAGGGCCCAGACGGCGAGAUACUGCCAUGUAUAUCCACAAAGGGAUGGCCGCCACCCAGACCCAGCCCAGGGCUUCCCAUGCAGCACAGAUUCGCUCCGUGUCAGAGGCUCGGGAUCCACGAGGGUUCAGUCAGAGGAACCCGCAGCAUGACUGCCAAGUAGUCAGUGAGUGUGACAAUGUCGGAAACCAAGAGCGUCUCCAGGACAGCCGGGUGUCAGUAGCCCAGCUCAGGCACUCCUACAUGGAGAGCGCCACCACCACCCCUCACACCGACCGCAUCAACGAGCUUGAGUUUGUCGGGGACGUGGCUCUCGCAGGCAACGGGGCCCCGUGGAGAGGGAUGAGGGACAGGGAGCGCAGGCCCCUGCAGUAUCUCAAUCCUGGGGAGAGUAGAAAGACCUCAGAGAGAUUUAGGACGCAGCCCAUCACUUCUGCUGAGCGCCAGGAGACCGAUAGGUCCCGGGUGAGUUCAGAUCUUGCUUCCACUGAAGCUGAUGAAGAGAAGCUAGAUGAGCGGGCCAAGCUGAGCGUAGCCGCCAAGCGCUCUCUCUUCAGGGAGCUGGAGAAGACCAUUGAUGGUGGAGCUCCAAAACCGCGGUACAGAAACACUGCAGUGGACAGGAGACUCAGGAGGACACAAGACCGGUCCCGGACUCAGCCAGUCACCACUGAGGAAGUAGUCAUCGCCGCCACUGUCCCUACUCAUGCGCCACACACAGUAACCUUUCAAACAGCUGUAGCACGCGUCCCUAGCCCCACCCUAGUUUACAGCACCGCCCCACCAUACAGCCUGCAGGCGUCUUCGCAGCAAAGUGCCGCAGCCCCCCGGGAAAAGAGGGCUGCCGCCACCCGACAGCAGUCGGGGCAGGUGCAGGAUACCAAGGUGUACCCGAUCUCUAAGCUGGUGUCCACAGUGGAGGAAAAGGCUCACAGUGAGGGUCCGGAUGAGCCCGACCUCAGCACUCUCAGUCUGGUGGAAAAGAUGGCGCUGUUCAACCGGCUGGCUCAACCUCCCAUCAGGGUCACUCGGACCAGGGGGGACACGCGCCAGCGCAGGACCAACGCCCGCUACCAGACACAACCCAUCACGCUGGGAGAUAUGGAGCAGGAGCCUUCAGACAUAGACGUGAGGGAUGAACUGCUGUGUUUCAGCCCCGGAGAGCCUCUACAACUUCAAAAUGGUCCGGCCUCUCGGUUCGGAAACCUCCCCGCCUCAUCAUCGUCCUCCUCCGCUCAGAGAGGCGGCACCGUCUCCACGGACCAUGCCGGAGACAUCCACUUAACCCGAGCAGCAGCGGGGGCCCAGGUUGAGCCCCUCCUUCCAAGCUUUGAGGGCCCCUCCCGGAGGUCCCGGGACCCGGCGGACCACCAGAGGUGCCAAAUGUUGCCGCGGGGCAAAGACGGCCCUGAUCUGGGAGGAGGGAAGAGGAAGCUGUCCUCCCCGGAGGGAGCGGUCAGGCAGGCUGCUCUGCCCCAGCCCCAGACGGGAGGAAAGAGAAGAGAGGUGGACGAGGAGGAAGUGGGGGAGGAAGAGGAGGAGUGGCAGCUGGCUAAAGGGUGGGGAGACACAGCGAUGCAGAGCUCAGAGAGUCCCAUGAUCCUGGAGCAGCAGGAGACUCACGCGCAGUACGCGGACAGCCAGAGGAGCAGGGCCGUCAGCGUGGCGCUGCCGGACUCUACUGUGGUCACAUCCAGAGUCGGAUCUGUUUCCCCUGCCAGCGUUGGCCUGUUUCAGCUGGAGGAGGAAGAGGAGCUGAGCAACAUGACGAGGGCCAGACAGAUGUCCAUCAGAGACAGAGUGGCCUUGUUGAAGAAGAGCGGCGAGGACGACUGGAGGAGCCGGAUUAACAGGAAGCAAGACGCGGCGCAGGCGACUGCCGACGAACAGCACCUUCACCACUUGGAGGAGGAGGAGCAGAUCUUUAAGAAGAAGGAUGACGAACUGCUGAUGAUGAUCGAUGAGAUCGACGUGUCCGACGAGCUCUGGACCACCAGAUCUCCAAGACCCACCCAGGUGGAUGAGAGACACCCCUGGAGACGGAAGAGGAUAGCUGAGUCGGAGAUGGAGCACCAGGGGAAUGAGGCUCACUUGUCCAUCCAGGAGAGGAAGCGGCUAAUCGUAGCCCAGGAGGAGUCUUGGAAGACCAAAGGCUACGGCGCCGCCAAUGACUCCACCCAGUUCACUGUGGCCGCACGCAUGGUGAAGAAAGGGUUGGCUUCCCCUUCGGCCCUCCAGGCCCCAGUGUCCUCCAAACCCAAGAACAGCAGCCUUGCCAUCGCCAAACCUCAAGAAGACACGAAGGAGAUGACUGAUAUUGAAGAGAUCAAGGCCAUGCCAGAUCUGAACCUGGAGUCGGACAUGAAGCUGGAUAAACUGGAGUCAUUUAUCGGCAAGCUCAACAGCAAAGUGUCUGGACUGCCAGAAUCGACCAUCACAGUCACGCAGAAGAAGGUGAAGGAGGUGAUGACCCUCGAAGACGAAACGUUCUCCAAGUUCUACCGCCAAGUGGAGGAGCUCUCCCCCACCACCAACAGGCUGGAGAUUAGCCUCGACGACUUCGAUGCCAUCUUCGGCCCCCAGCUGCCAAAGCUGACCUCGGAAAUGGAGCAGCACAAGCGGGCGGUGCGCCCGGCACGUAACGUCCAGUCGUCUAGAAACCCUCUGAAGAUGCUGGCCGCCAGGGAGGACAUCAGACACGAGUACACGGAACAGAGACUCAACGUUGGCCUGCUGGAGAGCAAGAGGAUGAAGGCUGAGAAGACGAACAAAAACUCUGGUUUCUCCGACGUGGCUCUGGCCGGUCUGGCAAGCAAGGAGAACUUCAGCAACAUCAACCUGCGCAGCGUCAACAUCUCCGAGCAGAUGUCCAACAAUAGCGCUGUGCCUUACAAGAAACUCAUGCUCUUACAGGUCAAAGGCCGACGGCACGUCCAGACCAGGCUGGUGGAGCCCAGAGCGUCCUCCCUGAACAGCGGGGAUUGCUUCCUACUCGUAACGCCACACCACUGCUUUAUCUGGACCGGGGAGUUUGCCAACGUAAUCGAGAAGAACAAGGCUUCAGAGUUGGCAAACUUCAUCCAGAGAAAGAGAGACUUAGGCUGCCGAGCCAACUACGUCCAGGUCAUCGAGGAAGGCGUCAGCACGCACAGCCAUUCUGCCAAGGACUUCUGGAAUAUUUUGGGGGGGCAGUUGAGUUAUCAGUCCGCAGGGACACCAGACGAAGACGAGCUGUACGAGGGGGCCAUCGUGGAGACCAACUGUAUCUACCGCCUGAUAGACGACAAGCUGGUCCCAGAUGAUGAUUUUUGGGCCAAGGUCCCGAGCUGUUCCCUGCUCUUCCCCAAGGAGGUCUUGGUGUUUGACUUUGGCAGCGAGAUGUACAUAUGGCACGGGAAGGAGGUGACGCUGGCACAGAGGAAGGUGGCCUUCCAGCUGGCAAAGCACCUGUGGAACGGCACCUUCGAUUACACCAACUGUGACAUCAACCCGCUCGACCCGGGCGAGUGCAACACUCUCAUACCCAAGAAAGGUCAGGGCCGACCGGACUGGGCCGUGUUUGGCAGGCUGACUCAGCACAACGAAACCACCCUGUUCAAAGAGAAGUUCCUGGACUGGUGCGACUCCAGGAGAACACCAAGCCCCGCAAAAAACAACGAACACAUCACCAAUCAAAAGGAACAGCCCCCCUUCAAUCAGCCCCAUGCGUACGACGCCUCCCUGAUGCUGCCCCUCCCUCAGGCGCCCGUCUGCACCAGACUAGACGGAUUCAACGUGGGGCGGGGCUACGGCCUGGUGGAGGCCGAGGAGUGGCGCAGCUACGAGAUCAGCACACUGGGCGUGGAGGUGUGGCACAUCCUGGAGUUUGACUAUAGCCGCCUGCCGUGCCAGAGCAUAGGCCAGUUCCACGAGGGGGACACAUACGUGAUGAAGUGGAAGUACAUGGUCAGCGCUGCGGUUGGGAGGAGACAGAACCCGGAGCAGCAGAAGUCGGCGGGGGCCGGGAGGGAGAAGUGCUGCUACUUCUUCUGGCAGGGCCGCAACUCCACAGUCAGCGAGAAAGGAACGUCGGCGCUCAUGACCGUGGAGCUGGACGAGGAGCGUGGAGCGCAGGUUCAGGUCCAGCAGGGUAAGGAGCCUCCGUGUUUCCUGCAGUGCUUCAAAGGAGGGAUGGUGAUCCACUCGGGGAGGAGAGAAGAGGAGGAGGAGAACUCUCAAAGUGACUGGCGUCUGUACUGUGUGCGGGGGGAGGCGGAGGUGGAGGGCCACCUGCUGGAGGUGGCCUGUCACUGCACUAGCCUGCGCUCCAGGGCGUCCAUGGUGCUGCUGAGUGCGAGCCAGGCCGCCAUCUACCUGUGGCACGGCUGCAAGUCUCAGGCGCACACGCGGGAGGUGGCGCGCACCGCCGCCAACCACAUCAGAGAGCAUUGUCCUCUGGAAACGGGCCUUCACAGCAGCAGCAAGGUGACCAUCUGGGAGUGUGACGAGGGAGCAGAGCCUGCGGGAUUCUGGGAGCCCCUCAGGAGGAGGGACAGGAAAGCGUACGACUGCAUGCUGCAAGACCCAGGAAGGUUUAACUUCUCACCGCGUCUGUACCAGCUGAGCAGCAGCUCCGGGGAGUUUGUGGCAGUAGAGUUUCUUUACCCUGCCAGAGACCCCAGGGAGGUCAACUCCAUGCCCUUCCUGCAGGAGGACCUCUAUGCGGCUUCACAACCAGCCCUGUUCCUGGUGGACAACCAUCACGAGGUGUAUCUGUGGCAGGGCUGGUGGCCUCAGGACAGCGAAAGCACCGGCUCAGCCCAAAUCCGCUGGGACUCGGACAGGAAGUGUGCCAUGGAGACUGUGCUGCAGUACUGCAGAGAAAAGAAUGAGAAGAAGCCUCCCAAAGCGUACCUGAUCCACGCCGGUCUGGAGCCUCUCACCUUCACCAACAUGUUCCCCAGCUGGGAGCACAGAGAGGACAUCGCUGAGAUCACUGAGAGGGAGGCUGAGGUGUGUAACCAGAUCAUCCUAGUGGAGGAUGUGUUGGCCCGGCUGUGUAAGACCACGUACCCACUGGCAGAUGUUCUGACCCGGCCGCUGCCCGAGGGCGUUGACCCUCUUCGCCUGGAGGUCUACCUGUCCGACGAGGACUUUGAGGGUGUAGGGGCUUAUGGGAAGAAAGCCCUGCAGACCACCAGAGAGGAGUACAGCGCUUUGCCUGGCUGGAAGCAGGUGAAGCUGAAGAAAGCCAAAGGACUUUUUUAAGGGGGGUUGAGACAGCGAGCUGAUCUGAAGACACCGGGAUGCCUGGGACAUAGCGGAGGUUGGGAGCCUCACCUGAGGUAACCACGACGGAGGAAGGGAGCAGCGAAGCUACGGAGAAGGUGUUCCUCCACCAUCUUUGAGUCUGUGUUUUCCGGUCGUAAAGUUAGGAGACAAAUGCACCUUUUGUUAAGUUUAUUGAAUUUAAUGUUAAUGUACAUAUGUACCAUAUGCAGAAAACAGCCCGGUCACCUUACAUUGUCGGUCAUGCGGCCUUCUGUGGAGAGUGGGAGCAGACCUGUCAGCCUGUUCAACACACUCCACUUCACGUGCUCUGCUUUUGCUUUAUGUAUUUGUCCAUUACAAAUAAUUUAUAUUUAUCUUUGAAUAUAUAUUUUGAAGCUCCAUGAAUAUUCACUGAGCUAUGAAUGCUGAAUGAUAUUGAGUCAGUCUGUGUCAUAUGAUGAUAAAUACUGGAAAUCACAGAACUCUCUGUACAGUUCGCCACUCGCCAUUUUACAAAUCCAACAAAGCAGCUUUAUUUUUGCGUCUACUGUCGUUAUUGUGUCAGAAGAAAAAGAUGUAGGCCGGGGUGAUGAUGUAAUGUGUGUAAUUCUUUUUUUUUUAAUCUCUCAGUGUAUAGUGCCUUGCUUUGUGUACAGUUUCUAUACAGAUCCUAGUCAGCACUUUGGAGACUUUUUGUGAUAUAAAGAAAUAUUAGAAAAAUAAACUCUGAAAAUGUAUUAAU